AUGACUAAAUUCACCAAAUCACAAUCAGAAUCAUUACAAGAUAAUCAAAGAUGCAUUCUUCAGGAAAUGGUCCAAUAUCAAUGUAAAAUAGAAAAUAAUCGAGUGAUAGAUUCAAAAAUAAUUAGAUGUGCUGGUAAACCGACGAUCGAAGUGACCCCAAUAUAUGAUAAGAAUGGGGUGGCUGAAGCUGGAUCAUCUUCAUCCAGAAAAUUCGAUGAUUUUUACGAAGGCGAAGUGUUUAAAAGUUUCUAUGAAUUAGCGAGAAUUAUCCGAUGA